AGUUUUCGAGUGAUAGGAGAGAUAGGAGAGGAAUUGAUAACGAAACAAAAACGUGCAGGGGGGGGAGGGGCCUCGUAAUCACGCACGGUCUCGUCUCUCUCUCGUUAUUCGGCCGGGGAUCUGCUCCGUUUUGCUCGCGCUGCGAGUCACGAGUCGCGAGAGGGUUAGGCGAUCUCGCGCAUCGGUCUAAUGGUGUGAUCUCGCACGGGGAUCAUGGCAACAGACGGAAGGAAAAUGGCAAGAUUUAUCAUCCAGGGCAGCAGGUGCGCGAUAAAAACGCUCAUCUCGCACGGAGAGUCCGGCUCGCUCGCCGCGGCCGCGCCGAAGUUGAGAAUCCCUUUCGUCGCGGCGCGAUCCAUAACCACAACUCGAUGCUUGAGAGUUGAACGAUGGUACACCGAUAAGCACGAAUGGAUAACGAUGGACAAUAAAAUCGGCACAGUUGGCAUAUCGGACUAUGCGCAAGAUGCACUCGGAGAUGUGGUAUACGCGCAACUUCCCGACGUAGGAUCCACGAUCAAAAAAGAUGAGGAAUGCGGAGCCCUGGAAUCGGUAAAGGCGGCGUCGGAACUGAUAAGUCCAGUCAGUGGGAAAGUCAUAGAGAAAAAUGAGGCGGUCGAAAGUAAACCCAGCUUAAUUAAUAAAUCUUGUUACAAAGACGGUUGGUUGUUCAAAGUAGAAUUAAGCAAUCCAGACGAAACUAAGAGUCUAAUGAAUGAGGAAGCCUAUAAUGUAUUCUUAAAGUCAGAAACGCAUUAAAUUUGAUGGACAUGCUAGGAAAAAUUUGUUUAACGUAGAGUUUGAAUCAAGUUACCACUUGUAAUAUCAAAGGAUGAUAUUCAUAGUCAAUUCUUAUAUUUAAGAUCGUCUUAAGAUUACAUUUUAACCAAAAA